UGUCGAGGUGGGUUGAUGAGUGUUCUGUACGAAGAAGAUGACGCGAUGGACAUGGUGUGGAGUGCAGAGUCAUCGCAAGAUGGGUCACCAAGCGAUGGCGACGACCUCGUUAGUGACGAGGGGGAUGCAGAAAAUAUCGACCCUUUCAUCGUGGACCACUCGUACCUCGGCGAGGAUUUGUCCGUUGCGGCACCGUCGUCGUCGGCUCACUUCACGCCAGGCAGCAUCGUGGUCAUGCCUCUCGUGUGGCUUCCUGACACGGUGAUUUUUCCAGGGGAGACGUUACCCCUGCGCAUGCUUGCCACGUCGACACUGCAGCUCAUGACGACACGACUGCGCAACGGGCAGGACACAUUUGCCUUGACCAAUGCCAAUAUGCCUCGCCAUGUGGGCACAGUGAUCCAAAUUGAGCGCAUGUACGAGUAUGGCGUGCACCACCUGUCGAUAGUCGGCCGCGGUCGCCAAAGGUUUGAGCUUGAAGAUCGCGUGUCGGUGCAUCAUACGAGAGGGCAGUAUAUGGAAGGCGUAUCAGCGCAUGUCCGAAUCCUUCCCGACUACCAUGCCAUCCCGUGCCCCCUUCCAUUGACCGCUCGUCGUUGCCAUUCGUCUCUAAAGCGGCGACGCCCAGCCCUUGUGGCAUAUUGGGGACCCCAUCAGUACAUGCAAUUCGACGGCCCCGCGCUCGUCCUUCAAGCCAAGUCGAUUUUGCUCCAGUCUGUGGAAUUCCACGCGUUUAUGGCUUCAUCGACAUCGACCGCGUCGUCGGCCGCCACGGCCGCCAUGUCAGCGCCAUCCGAUCCCACCCGCUUCUCGUACUGGCUCGCAGCUCAUCUCAACCUUGGACUGCCAGCUCGUCAGCGACUGUUGGCUACAUCCUCUGUGAUUGCGCGAUUGCGGUCGCUCAUUGCAUGGCUUCACCAGCAAUCCGCGGUGAUUCAGUGCGCUGGAUGCGCGACGACGUUGGCCAGCACGCGAUCGAUAUUCCUCAAGCACGACCCAGACCAUGGGGGCCCUGUAACCACAUUUGCAAACCCCAACGGCGACAUCCAUCAGAUUCUGACCAUGCUGUCGGUGGACCGAUCGAUGUUUCGUACGUAUGGUCACCCCACUCUCACGGACACGUGGUUCCCCGGCUACACGUGGCAGUGCAUUUCGUGCCGCCAUUGCUCCAAUUUUCUCGGAUGGCGAUAUGUCUCUACCGUCGACCAGGUGCAUCCGCACGUGUUUUUUGGACUCCUACGAAAUGCCAUUUCCUAACGAGAAUACCUUGAUUUUUUCCCCA